CGCAAGUCAAUCUUUAUCGAUAAACAUUUGAUCUUAUUUUGGAUCGCUCACCGCCCACGAGCAUACCGAUCUGUCCACCUAAACGAGCCUAAUUCAACGGUCUCUGGAGAUACUUCUUUGAUUAGCAAACUUUCAUCUUUAGACCUCCGCACUCUAAUGCGCCCUUCAACAAGUCAGAUCCCGGAUACCCUUCUGUGGUGAACUGUCUGCUAUCUCUUGACCGUAAUGGUUGUUUAUUCCUUCUACAUAUUUGACCGCCAUGCGGAAUGCAUAUACAAACGACGUUGGGUGCCCCGUCCACCUUCAAUUAUUGGAAAGUCCUCGCGUCCGACUUCGGAAACUUCUGCCACUCCCAAUGCAUUGCCUCCUGUGCUGGGUCAAUCUGCGCGGACCACCGACGAUGAUGCUAAGCUGAUCUUCGGCACCGUCUUCUCCCUCCGGAAUAUGGUGCGCAAAUUGGGGGGUGAAGAUGAUAACUUUGUUACCUAUUGUACCAGUCAAUACAAGCUCCAUUAUUACGAGACGCCUACAAAUAUCAAAUUUGUGAUGCUUACCGAUGUUAAGAGCCCAAGCAUGCGGAUUGCAUUGCAGCAAAUCUAUAUCAAUCUUUACGUUGAAUAUGUGGUCAAAAAUCCGUUGUCCCCGGUUGAACAUCCAGGCGGUGUGGGUGUAAAUAAUGAGCUUUUCGAGGAGUCUUUGGAACAAUUUGUGACGCGCGUCCUCUCUUGAGAACUCGUAGACUCUAGGAUCUCCAUUCAUUUAGCCUCUGUCUGACUUCGCUGCGGAUGGAGAAGCCAAUCGUGCAGUAGACAUGAGAUCAACUUGUCGGGUAUCUACAGAAAGAGAAUGCGAUAGAUUCCAGGAUUAACCAACUAGCCUCGCUUCUCCCAAGGCAGUGCCAUGGAAGACGCAUCAAAAAUAUGCGUAUCCUAACCCGGGAAUUACUGUCGACCCGGAAGAGUCGCCCUGCGGCUAGAAUUCCCCAGGAACCUCAAGGCGCGGCGGUGGGGAGGGGGGAACCUGUUUUACGAACUUAUAUGGCCAUGUUGCCGAUACACAUUUGUAUAUGCACCGACUUGCGAGAUGCAGGAUAUGGGUUAAGAGGAUUCUAGUCACUUCUCAGGCUCCAUGGCGGCUGAUUUCAAACUAUACGAUUAACAACUCCAAAAA